AUGAAGACGAGUUUAUUUCUUGCACUCCUUCUUCUCUCAGUUUGCUGCCCUGUCGUUCAGGGAGGGAACUUGUAUCCGAGGUGCCAGGGGGAACAAUUGCUGGGAACCGCAGAUGCGGGUGAAGAGUCGGUUUUCUUUAAAAUACGGCGAUACUCAAAGGCCUUGACAUUGACAUGUCUCGCGUACGAGGUUACCAGCAUCUCGGAUGUGGGAAGGGGUGAACGGGAUCCGUGCCAGGUGGAACAUCAGACGGAGUACCAAUACCGCCUCGUCAUAAGAGCAACAAUGGUAGACGAGGCUACUGGGAAAAUCAUCGAGACGGAUUAUGAUGUAAAGGAAUUGGCAGGAGGAUCCCUCGGUGAUCUUCUAAUUCAUAGUGCGGAACUUAGUAAAUUCUCUCUCGUAUUUAUGAACAAGGCCACAAACGGUCGAUGCAGACUACGCAUACGUGCACUUAUGAGUUACACGGAGAGGACGAAGCCGUUUGAACGGGAAGGUUUGCCGGUGGUAAUUGGGCUAGAGCCUACGAGUGUGUACAGGAACCGCAGUUCGACGACGAAGCUUUUCCUGAGUUAUCCGAGUGGUACAAACAUGCAAGAGGCGCAGUCGGACGUUGUGAAGCUUACAAACUUGGAAAAAGAGUGUGCGGAUGAACAUUCUCAGGGACAUGCUAUGCGUCCGCAGCCUACCCCUCAAUCCAUGGAAUUUAUUGAUGACACUUCGUUAGUGGGGUUGCGUGAUUACUACUUUGACUCUUCGGAAACCCUUCGCAUUUGCUACCACAAAAAGGGAAAAUCGGUGGGCGCUGAGUUGGCAAUUGUUCGUGUGUUUGAAUGUAACCCGUAUGGCUAUGAGGUGGUUAAGGGUCAGGACGAUGAGGGUCGUGUAUAUGUGGGAGUGGAAACGACUAUCAAGUUCUAUGGGUAUGAUCUCGACACUCGGGAUCUUGGAGACAGGGCAAAGUUUGCCAAUGACUUUGAGGAUUGUGCAACGGCGCCUCCCGCUGGUGGCGUGCCAGAGGGCCUGCCCCUUGCUCCUGCUGAGAGCUAUGGUCCUGGCACCAGGUACACACUGUGGACAUGGGUGUUAAGAGAAGGCGGUUUUUUCAAGGUGUGCUACAAGACUCGCGAUGGGGCGUGGGUGGAGGUGCCCAAUAUCAUUGAUGUGGCCUAUGACGCCCCCUCUACCUACGCGCCCGGCAGCUCCAGCCCCCCAAGCAUCCCGCGGCCGAGAGACCCGAUUACCCAGGAGGAGUGCCCCAUGGCAAUUGAAAGGCCAGGCGAGCCUUGGACUGUCUACAAGAGCUUGAAACUGACCUUUAAUGAGAGCAAAAUUUCUGAAGAAUAUCUUCUAGUUCUCAGUCGGGCAUUUUGCAUUCCACGAUCCGCUCUUGCUGUGACGCGCAUGACACAUGAUGGAGAAGGGCAUCAGGUGAUCUAUCUUUCGAUCCUUUGUGAAGAACUUGGAGAUGCGGCCCCCUGUGACACGGUGGAGAGGCAGAAUUACAUUCUCACCCUUGGGAAGAGCAACUCAACGAUCCUGUCAGAUAUCGGCAUCUUAUCCGUUGAAGGAAGCCGGCACCUCUUUGCGUUUGGAGACGAUACGGUAACUAUGAAGGGUACCGGCGGCCGCGUCGUGACCCUGCUGAUUACAUGUGCCACGGUGGUAUUAGUAGCGGCCAUGGCUGUCUACGGCGUGCUGAAGUACCGUGAAAAUCGUCAGUAUUUUAUUCAGUUUGGCAACGACGACGCAGAAGUAGAGGACAUGUACGCUGCCAGUGACCCAAAAAACACAGAAAAUAAAGGGCCAUUGCCUGUCAAGGACGCUGUCAUUGAAGUGGAAGAGUAA